CAGCAAGAACCCUCCCCAGUCCACAUUUGAGAUGUCUCUUUACUACGAUGCGGCCACCGUGUUAACGAGCGGGCCGCAGGAUGGCUCCCUGAGGUCCAGAGUCUAUGGAAAUAAACUCAACCUCAAGUCGAAGCCUGCGCAUCUGUAUGCGCUGAUCUCGGAAACGGUGAAGUUCAACCACUUCGUCAAAGAAAUCAUUGACAAUGCGGCCUUCUUAUCCGAGGAGCCCAAGUUAACUCCAAUUUUAUCCCUCCUUCUCGUUCAUGACCACUGCUUUGCCAAAGGCGGCAUUGCGGCGCCUGCUGGGCACUCCCUUCGCCAAGCAAUAGAGAGACACAAAGCGAGAUUGCAGGCAGAAUUCACAAAAGCCCGGCUGAGGAGAAAAUGCGCAACGCUGGAUGCUCUGAAAGAGUGCUUGCUGAGAGAGAAUCCCCCUACACACCGAUCGCAGCCGCGGUGGAUCAGGAUCAAUACAUUGAAAUCAAGGCUUGCUGAUCAACUGGCUACGACAUUCAAGGGUUAUAGAAGCGAUGCGACCCUUGGGGAAGUGGCACAAUCUCCAGCUACGGUGAAAGUGCUAGCAAUUGAUCAGACUGUUCCCGAUGUUCUCGCCUUACCACCAUAUUCUGAUUUCACAAAGACACAGGCCUACAAAAAUGGAGAGAUCAUACUCCAGGACAAGGCAUCCUGCUUCCCUGCAUAUCUUCUGGCUGGAUCGUUGGAAGAGCGAGGAACUAUAAGGGACUGCAUGGACGGUUGUGCUGCACCAGGAAACAAGACUUCGCACCUUGCGACCUUCGUUGUGGAGACCGACCAUCCUGGCAGCAUCUAUGCUUGUGAGAGAGAUAGACAGAGGUCUCAAGUCCUAAAGAGGAUGAUGGACAAGAGUGGCGCGAAGAAUGUGACAGUUUUCGCAGGGCAGGACUUCUUGAGUAUAGACCCUCAAGAUGUUCGGUUCAAGAAUGUCACUCAUCUGCUCCUGGACCCGAGUUGUUCUGGAAGUGGCAUCAUUGGCCGAGAAGACAUUCCUACCCUGGCACUACCGGAAGAUCCUAAGGGUCAGAAAACUCGAAUCGCAAGCACGACAAGAACCCCGAAGAAGAGAAAACGCGACCAAGAAGAACCCAAAGUCGAAGUGUCAUCCGCCGAACCCUUGGAUGCCGAGGAGACUAAGGAUAUAUCACUCGAUCGGACACGACUGCAAAGGCUUGCGGCACUCCAGACAAGAAUCGUCGAACAUGCCCUUGCUUUCCCAGCCGCCCUGAGAGUGACCUAUUCCACCUGCUCCGUGCACGUGGAGGAGAAUGAAGGGGUCGUUUCCAGAGUGAUAGACUCCGAAGUAGCGAGAUCUCGAGGUUGGCGUGUUCUCCGGCGAGAUGAUCAAGUUGCUGGCCUACGCGAUUGGAGGCAUAGGGGGAUAAAUGGCUCUGCGACGGACACUGGCGAAGACUCAACAUUGACGCAGGAAGAGCUAGAAGGUUGCAUUCGAUGCCAUCCAGGGGAUGAGGAAGGCACCAUGGGUUUCUUCGUCUGUGCCUUCGCCCGGCCCUCACAACGUGAAGGACAGGCGGUUAAGCACUCUAGUCAAACAAGCGAGUCAUGGGAGGGCUUUGCAGACUAAAUACUUUGAGCCGUGAGACUUGAUACCCCAAGAAAAUCUUAU